GUUCACCAAGUCUGCUGAAAGAAAUGAAUUCUGGAGUGCUCUGCUGGAGAAAGCUUAUGCUAAGCUUCAUGGUUCCUAUGAGGCUCUUAAAGGAGGAAACACUGCUGAGGGGAUGGAGGACUUCACCGGUGGAGUGACUGAAUUCUAUGAGAUGAAGGAGGCCCCUAAAGAGCUGUAUAAGAUCAUGAAGAAAGCUCUGGAGAGAGGCUCCCUCAUGGGCUGCUCCAUUGAUUCCCUGGUUCCAGCCCGCUUUGCAACUCGUACUACAACAGGACUUGUGACGGGUCAUGCCUACUCUGUUACUGCUGUAGAGGAGUGUAAACAGUCCCAGCAUAAGGAGUCUAAAGUUCGUUUGGUGCGUGUGCGUAACCCUUGGGGUCAGGUAGAAUGGAAUGGACCUUGGAGCGAUAAUUCAAAAGAGUGGGAAAACCUCUCUAAAGGAGAAAAAGAGAAACUUCAGCAUCAGAAUGCUGAAGAUGGAGAAUUCUGGAUGUCAUUUGAGGAUUUUAAGAAAAAUUACACCAAAAUUGAGAUUUGCAACAUGACCCCCGAUGCCCUGGAGGACGAUAAGUUACACAAAUGGACCGUGUCUGUUAAUGAGGGACACUGGGUAAGAGGAUGCUCUGCUGGAGGAUGCAGGAAUUAUCCAGAAACGUUCUGGACAAAUCCACAAUACCGCCUGCGUCUCUUGGAGGAAGAUGAUGACCCGGAGGAUGAUGAAGAGGCUUGCACUUUUGUUGUUGCUCUAAUGCAGAAAAACAGGCGUAGAGAACGCAAGUUGGGUGCUAAUCUCUUCACUAUUGGAUUUUCCAUCUAUGAGGUUCCAAAGGAGAUGCACGGAAACAAGCAGCACAUGCAGAAGGAGUUCUUCAUGUCUAGCACCUUUAAGGCUCGUUCCAGGGCCUACAUUAACCUGCGUGAGGUGACCCAGCGUUUCCGUCUGAGCCCUGGAGAGUAUGUCAUCGUUCCCUCCACCUACGAGCCCCACCAGGAAGGCGAGUUCAUCCUCCGCGUCUUCUCUGAAAAGAGAAAUACCUCUGAGGAGAUAGAGAACAGGAUUGAAGCUGAUCAUCCAGUGCCGGCUCCGGCUUCGACUGGGGAAGAGAGCGAGGAGGACCAGCAGUUCCUGUCCAUUUUCCAGCAUAUCGCGGGGGACCAAAUGGAGAUCUCAGCCAAUGACCUCAAAGAUGUCUUGAACAAGGUGGUGUCUAAAUACAAGGACAUACACACUGAUGGCUUCAGUCGAGAGAGCUGCAGAAGCAUGAUUGCCCUCAUGGACAUGGACGGAAAAGGAAGACUUAACCUACAAGAGUUUAGACACUUGUGGAACAAAGUCAAACAGUGGCAGGGAAUCUUUAAGUGCUAUGACUUUGAUCAUACUGGCACUAUCAGCAGCUAUGAGAUGAGAAACGCCAUCAAUGAUGCAGGGUUCCGUCUGAAUAACCAGCUCUAUGAUAUCAUCACCAUGCGCUAUGCCAAUGAAAACAUGCACAUCGACUUUGACAGUUUCGUCAGCUGUCUUGUGCGACUGGAGGGGAUGUUCAGAGCAUUCCAGGCCUUUGAUCAAGGUGGAGAUGGCACCAUCAGACUUAAUGUACUGGAGGUGAGUUAG